AUGGAUCCUCCUCCUGAGUAUCGAUUUUCGUUACCUCCAUAUUGCAUGGCCAACCGCACAUAUCGAACAACGAGAACUGGGGAUGUCAUGGAUGAACGUCUGCCUGGAAACAGCAACGUCAAGCGGUGGGACGGCGCUGCACGGGCAUGCGCCGAUUGGGACAGCCUCCGUCGUGAUCCCGAACUGUGGUUUCGAGGUGGGAAUUGCUUCGUUCACCUCUAUGGAAAGGGCCAGUCUCGACGCGGCCCAGCAUUCAAGGUGCCGUUUGGUGGCUUGCUGUCGGCCAAAUGUCACCCGUUGAUCCAAAGAUUCAUCGCGCGCGACAUGCCUGAGUCGCCCGGAUCUCUCUUCGACCCGUACGAUGACCUUGAUCAAUGGCAUUAUCUGAACCCUACCCGCAAAGUCGAUCUCUACAUUCCAGCGCCGCCUGCAGCCAACAAGCAGGACGCAUUCCUCUACCAUUUGGCAACCCGCAACCUAUUCGCUUGGGUUUUCAAUCGUUCGGUUGUCGGGGAUCACUUGGGCACCGCCCUAAUCAACCUGUUGAGCAGCAUGUCUGAAUUCAGAAACGAUGAUGAGGAUCAUGUCGGUGACCUAUUGGAUUAUCUGGACGAAGAAGGAUAUCUUGACAUACGCAACCAGCCCAUCCACGCACUCGCCCUGCUGAGAAUGGCUGAGACAUUUCAGAUCAGAGACAUUUUCACUGAUGCGUUCUGCCACUGCGUUGGAAUGAGUGACCGUUUGCCCUCAACCCCAGAGUGGCAGCUUGUCAGUUCACCAACAAGACGAUCUAUACGACGCGCAAAAGCCGACAUGGACGCCAGACUCAACAAAGCCAGCUCGAUGCUGCGUACCUUUCUCGAAGACGAGCUUUCUGAAACUCAUCUAGGCCUCCCUGCUGGAGGUCGAGCUCACAUGGAGCGAUUCCGCUCUUUCCUUCUCUCUUUUUACAGCACCAAGCUCGGAUACUAUCCGCCAACGCCGGCCGAUGGCCGGAGCUCAGCAUUUGAGCCCGAGAUCUAUCGCAUCAUGUGCGACGAUUUUGAGGCGCUAUACGAACUGCUUGUAAACGACGAUUUUACUUCAGCCGGAAGCAUCCCGCUCCUUGCUCAAGGCGGCAUCUGCGCGGUUCAGAGUGUCCACGCCUUCGAUGCACGCUACGAUUUCAAGUCUCUCGACCACCCCCUGCCGCUGCUUCCUGAAGUUCCGACAACGCCCACCAGCCGGAGGAUCCCGUGGCUGUCACGCAGUGAUAAGCUCAAGCCCGACAAUCGACUUGUCCUGCAUGCCGCCCAGGUCAAGGCUUCGAACCACGGCAAAGUCGACAUAUUGCGGAACGAUCUCGUGCGCGCCUACCGCAAGUUCGAGGAGCAGUCCGUGGCGCCUCUCACCAAGGUGGACCGCAAUGAAAAGAUCAGCCUGGUAGACGUGCGAAAGGUGCGAUGGAUUCUGGUAUACGCCAUUUACCAGGUGCUCCGCAACUGCACCGACGUUCCCGAUGAGGUCAACGACAUUGAUGCGGACUACAACCUGGCCGUGUCGCCGGAUUACCUCCCUUCUUGGAACGAGGAAAAUGGAGUCCUCGGCUACCAAUCCAACAGCACCAGUGCUAUCUCAUCUUCCGCAGUUUCAAUGUGCAGUCCGAGUGCAAUGGCGACGCCGACCGAGUUCAAGAUUGAGCCGGACAUCGACUACUUCACCAUUCACCGCGACGAAGAGAAAAAGGAGAACAGAAGAUCAAUGAUAUCUCGUGUUAAGAGCACGCCUCCUCGUGCCCUGAGCAUUGGCAAAAGUAUUUCGCGGAAUAGUACUCUUCGGCGAUCCAUUAGUAUUUUCAAAGGCUUCCACGGCCCGGCGGAACCAACAGAACCGACUCCCAGAAAGUCAUCGUAUCACGAGAUUGUGGUCCAUGGCUAUGGCAACGGUACCAACUCGGUUAACAUGAACGCCAUGGUCAAGACACCAUCGCCAAUCUUGAUGAUUCCCCAGGUUUCCACGGCAGCUAGAGCCCUGUCGACAUCAUCGAAGAGCAGUAUCGAGUCGACCGCCGACAGCAACGGUGGCUCUGUCGACACCGCAGCAUCGUCGGCCCCUCCGACAAGCCCGAAGGCUGCACUCGCAAUUCCUGCGGCCGCGCCAAACGAUGAAAACUCACCCCCCAUCCUCAGUCCGAUCCCGAUCCGGGACCGUCGACGAGAGGUGCUGUCUCUCAUGAUCCCGACGGCUCCCGCGAUCCCGAUCCCGCCUCGGAGACGGCCUGUGAGCGUGGCACCCGAGACUUUCGGGUCAAACUAUGCGGUCGACUAUGAAGCCCUCGUCGAGGAAGAGCGCGAACGCGCCGCCCUCUCGCCCGCGCCGCUGCGCAUCCGCAAAAGCCUGCUUGGCCCGUUCUCGGCAUCGGCGUCGCACCUACCGCGCGACGCCAAUGCCUGGCAGCCGUACGUCGGCGACGAUUCGGCGGCGAGCGCGAGCGACGUGAGACCCAUGUGGGAGCAGUUCAACGACCUCGGCGGCCUCAUGGCGCCUGUGGCGGUCUCCAUGAGGGCGUGA